AUACAGUUUAACAUGCAAUUAUAAUUUUUUUUUAAAAAAAGGAGAGGAUUUCUCCAUUAAAAUUCCCUAAAUGGACUCAAACUCUGCAAAAUUUCCUCUUUUCUUCACGCAAUCAAAACCCCAAGUUUCUUUCUUUUUCUUCUCAGUUUGGGUUCUACACAAUUAAUUUUUCCCAAUUAUUCACCAGCUCAACUUCAACUUUUCUGUAAUAAAAACGCCUUUCCCCACAUCCCCACCCCUCAUUGUUCUAUCCUUUUUCCCCCUGUCCCCUGCUCAUCAUCAUCCGAUUCUUUUCUUCUUAUCGACUGCAGUUCAAUCAAUUUUACUCGCCGUCACAAAUUCGUAUUCUUGUUUUCAGAGUAAUCUCUUUUCUGUGUCGCAGGUAAUUUCGCCAUUUUUGUCGCUAUUGAAUUUGAAUGGUUGGGUCAGCUUUCAUGCUGUGUCGUGUAAAACAAUGUUUUUUUAUUUUUUAUUUUAGUUUGCGGGUUUUAGAUAUUGAUAAGGUAGUAUUAUUUUUAUUAUUGCUGUUAGUAUUAUUCUUUGCCUUGAAUGCUUUGUUUGAUUUCUAAAUGAUAUGUUGCAAUUGUGUUGACUUCUCAAUCUCUGUCCUAGCUCUUUUUCUCAUUUUUUGCUUUGAAGGUUUUAGGAGUUAAAUUCGGCGGUAAGUAUUUCUUCUUGGAAGGGAGAUAUGUGAUCAAGCCAGCAUGGAUUUUUAUUUUUAUUUUUUUUAAACAAAAGAAACAAUUCAAAGUUUUGCCCACUUAAAUUCAGAGAGGAUUUUUGUUUUCCAUUUGUGGGUGUCAUAUAUUAUGUACAAUGACUUAGUAAUCUCUGCAUACUGAGGUUCUUAUUCCAAGGGAGUUUUUGUGAAACCUAUGUAAUAGCCUAAACUGUUCCAUUGGUUGUCUUGGAAUCAAAUUGGUUAGUGAAUUAACUGUUAUUUAUCUCGCACAAAGUUUUGAGCUUUUAUCAGUUAUAAAGGAUUAGUAGGGGCCACUUUAAUACAGGCAUUUAUGCUUCUUUUGGGAAAAUUUUUUUACAAGAGAUGAAUUCAAAUGGAUUCUUACAUGAUAGUGACUGAUCCUUAUUUCUUUUAUAAUGCAAAUAUUUUCAAGUCAAUAAAUAAUUGAACAUUCUCAUUAUAAACAUGAGAAUUAGCAAACAUGAAAUCAAUUGAAUUGAAUCUUUAUAAAAUUCUUGAUUCCAAAAGGAGCUUAACAAAUAAGUGUGAUGUUAUAGCAGUGUGUAGAGAGUGCCCACCAUAAUUUUCAUGUUUUUAUCCCAAACAUGUUUGUGGUUUCAUUCCUUAAACCUGCAGUCAUUCAACUUCACAUUUAGUGGCAAGUUAAAGCAGCAGUAAUGACCAAUAGCCUGACUGCUGACCUGUGCUCUUGAAAAAAUAAACCAUUCAAUGACAAUUUUACAGUUAGUGGUCUUGAAAUUUUGUGUCAGUCAUUAAGAAUAUUAGUUUCAUGGCAAGAGAACAGAAAAGUAACUUAACAUGCUUAGUUAGAAGGAUAUAGAUUCCUGGCCUUCUAAAUUUAGUUUUCAAUAAGUCCUCUUGAUUGCAAACUUCCUUCAAGCAACGGACAAGGGAGCAAAAUUUUUUGGGAAUUUUCUCAAGAAUAGAAUUGCAUUAAUUAUUUGCAUUGUUAUUGAUAAGAGGGCAUUGCAAUGAGACUACAGUAUGUGUUCAGAACAUAUCACUUGCAGAAAAGAAUACUAAUGAAAUGUGGCCAUUUCAUCUUGUAUUUCCUUAUUGCCUACUUGCCUAUAUCAACCUCUACCUUAUAAAGGAACUGGUGUAAUUCAAUUUGUGUAUUUAUCCUCCAACUGAUCAGCUAUGCUGGAGUUGUUGGAAUUUGGUUGGAACUUACUUUGUGAUGUUUAUGGAAUGGACACAUGAAAUUUUUAACAAUGUUCUUCGCCCAUGCUUAGUUUGAAGAUCUUUUUAAUAUUAGUUGUGAUAAGAUUUAAUAGCAAUAAAAGAAAAAGAGGGAAGCAUGUGACAAACAAGAAUAGGUAUUGGGAUUUUCCAAGGCAUUCAGCAGGCAUGACAAGAGCUUGGAAACAUGUGGUUUUUCCAAGAGAAUAGUCCAUAAAGUUCAAAGAUAAAUGGACAUGGAACUUGAUAGUGAUAGUGCUAAUGGUUAGAAUUUAAAAUAAAGUGUUUGGGUGCUAUAAAGUGUGCCAUACAUGUCUAGUGGUGAUUCUCUAUAGCUGACUAGCUGUUGGAUUGCUUUAAACUGGUUUUGAUAAACAUAGGAAAUGGUAGUGAUACUCACCAGUGGAUAUGAUAACAUGCAGUAAUUGAUUUUUUUUUCUUAUGAGCCUAGUUUCUUUUACCGGAUAGAUGAGACAAGUUCGUGGUACUUAAUAAUGUCUUUGAAAAGUGUUGUUAACAUGCUUGUAUUGUUUAUUGCACCAUUUUACAGUACAGUAGAAGAAGUUCAAAUUUUUGUUGCAGGUGUACCAAAAAUUGAUUGGAUUCCAGGACUUAAGCUUUGACAAAUGAAAAGGUACUCAAUAACUGGUUGUAAACAGUAUUGUAAAUUAUAAUUCUUGUUUAUUGGUUUAUACAAGUCUGUUAUGAGUAGAUUAGUUAGUGAAUUAGUAAGAAAUGGUAGAAUCACUAGAGAGGAAGUAUUAAGUAGUUAUAGAACUGUUAUGGAAUCUGUCACACUCGGUUUAGUGUGUGUUUCUGUGAUGUGGACUGAGUAUAAAAUGAAGGAAAAGAACCUCAUUCAAGCAUCAAAUACUAGAGUUAUCCCUAUCCUUCUCUAUAUUGUCUCUCAAUCUUCUCCCCUUUCUGUUUCUUUUUUCUUUUUCCAUUUCCCCCCCCUCAAUGCAGUCUGUUUCUAUCCCUUCUCCCAAUUUCUCUGUUUCAAAGGGCAUUGUAGAUCUGUACAUAAUAGUUGUUGUUGGAGACUUGGAGCUUGGUUCUGAGGUAGGCCUGCUUCCAAACCUUUUUUACUGGAGUUGCAAUUAUGAGCAGAUGAAUGAGAGUCUUGUUAUUCUAUUUCUGUAGUUUCUUCUCUAUUAUUUUCACUUUUUUUUUUCUUCCUCUGUUAUUUUCUUCCCAUUCCAGAAUUAGAUCACUGUUUUAUUCCUCAAUUCUUUUUGGAAAUAAAUCUGUUCUUUUCUUUUUCCUUUUCUUUUGUUCUCCUGCAAUUGGGAUUUUUCUUCUUUCCAUCUAUUAUUCUUUUCAAGAGACAUAAGUGAGUGAUCUAAAGAAUGAUGUGAUUUAAUGAUGUUAAAAAAUGUCAGAUUGUUUCUUUCUUUUCUUUCUUAUUUAUAAGAAUUAAUGUGUUGUGAUUGUAGUAGUUAAUAAACAAUUAGACUGUCUAGUUGUGCCUUUCAGUUUUAGAUUUAUUUUAUUUGCUGUUUAUUUCAUAUUCGGGCUGAUAAUUUGUGGUCAAUAAACAAUUAGAUUGUAGAGUUGUGCCUUUCAGGUUCAGAUUUAUUCUAAGUUGCUGUUUACAUAUUCUACAUUCUGACUAAUACUUUUGUUAUUAUAGUUUUCAUUAGUGCAAUAAAAGUAGUAAAGAUGUACCACCAACCUUUCCAGCUUCUGACUAUUAAUUCUUGACUGAAGAAAUUUUGGCUUUGUCUGAUCUAGACUGAUUCUUCUUUCAUUUACAGAAAUUUUCUUUAACAAAAUAUGCCAUUUUUGGGGAUGGACUGGCUGUCUUUGCCUACUGCUAUUGUUUGUGAAUAAUGUUCAGUAGGCAGAAGGGUUCUAAUGCUCUCAGCAUAUUUAAAUGGAGAUCGCAUGGUGAAUCAACUUUGACAACAAACUUGCUUGGGGAUGUGCCUCCUGAGAUUGAACUGUCUGACUAUAGAAGGGUACCCAGUCCUGGUAGUGAAAGCCCUUCAGGGCUUCUUAAUGGUGAAAGCUUGAAUGUGGAACCGAUUGCUGAUUUGGACCUCUUCUUUGAAAGGCUGUAUAGUUAUUACUGUGAGAAAGGGCUUUGGUGCAUUAUUAUAAAGUGGAUUGUUGAACUUUUGAGUCUGGGGUUCACCAUCUGUUUUUCAGGAUUUUUCUUACUAUAUGUAGAUUGGAAUGGUCUUCGAAAUGCCAAGUGUGGGAUGGAUGCUGUUGAAUCUGGAAUUAAGCCCUGUGAUCUUGCUAAAGAAGCUCUUCAUCAGCACCCACUGACCCCUCUAACAAUUUCAAAAGCUAUUAUUGUUGGAUACUUGGGUUUAUUUUCUAUCUACUGGAUCUUCUGUUUCUUGAGGUUCUUUGCACAAUUAAGGGACAUUCUUGGGAUCCGUCACUUCUAUUACAACAGUCUCCAUGUUACAGAUAAUGAAAUUCAAACCAUGCCAUGGGCAACAAUUCUUGAAAAGGUUGUGCUGUUACAAAGUUCACAGCAGCUGUGUGUGGUCAAGGACCUUUCUGCUCAUGAUGUUGUGAUGCGAUUGAUGAGGAAGGAGAAUUACUUAAUUGGAAUGCUCAACAAAGGAGUGCUUGCUUUUCCAAUCUCCUCGUGGGUUCCAGGUGCUGGUCCAACUGUCAAAUCUGGUUCAAAUGGAACACAGUAUCGCUUAAUACUAACUAAGACCCUUGAGUGGACCUUAAAUUGGUGCAUUCUGCAAAGCAUGUUUGAUCGAAACUUUUGUGUUAGGAGGGACUUUGUUUCUAAUCCUAAAACCUUAAAGAAAAGGCUCAUGGUAGUUGGGCUUGCAAUGCUUCUUCUUUCACCGUUCCUGGUUAUAUUCAUGCUUGUGUAUCUCUUCCUAAGGCAUGCUGAACAGUUUUAUAAUCAUCCAAGCACGGCAUCAUCUCGAAGAUGGUCCAAUUUGUCGAGGUGGAUUUUUAGGGAAUUCAAUGAGGUUGACCAUUUGUUCAAGCAUCGGAUCAAUGGCAGUUUAUUGCAUGCUUCAGAUUAUCUUAAGCAAUUCCCUUCACCAAUUAUUUCAAUUAUUGCCAAGUUUAUAUCUUUUGUUUCUGGAGGUUUUGCUGCUAUCCUGAUUAUCAUUGCAUUUCUGGAGGAGUCGCUACUAGAAGGCCAUAUCUUUGGUCGCAAUUUGUUCUGGUAUGCUGCUGUUUUUGGAACGAUAACAGCAAUCAGCCGUGCUGCAGUUACAGAUGAACUCCUUGUUCUCGAACCAGAAGGGGCUAUGUCUAUGGUGGUCCAACAUACACAUUAUAUGCCAAAGAGAUGGCGGGGCAAAGAAAAUUCUGAGACUGUCCGGAUAGAAUUUGAAACCCUGUUUCAGUAUACUGGAAUGAUGUUACUCGAGGAGAUGGCGUCUAUCUUCCUCACCCCUUUCUUGCUUUUAUUUGUUGUCCCAAAGCGAGUGGAUGACAUCCUACAGUUCAUUGCAGAUUUCACAGUGAAUGUUGAAGGUGUUGGCCAUGUGUGUAGUUUUAGUGCUUUUGAUUUUCAAAACCAUGGUAAUAGCAAUUAUGGUUCACCCUAUCAUACACCACACUUCCAGAGGAGCUCUCAGGGCAAGAUGGAGAAAUCAUUUUUGAGUUUUCAGAGCAGCUAUCCUUCAUGGGAGCCAAAUGCCCAGGGAAAGCAGUUCCUGUCACAUCUUAGAAAUUUCAGGGAGCAAAAGUUGCAAGGACACGGGGUUAGACGUGUGUUUUCUCAUCCUCAAACAUGGCAAGGAAGCCCCAAUUUGAGAGGUCCUGGAAAUAGAAAUACCCCUUUUUCUAGGGAAAUGCCUCAUUCUACUCCUGGCUGUCAUUUAGGCUCUUUGUGGGUAAUCGAUGAAGAUCAAAAGAAUCAUCCAUAUCUUCUUGAUUGGUACUAUACAUCGCAGCCUCAUACUUCAACGAAUCAUACAAGAGACAGUCCAGUAGCACCCUUUGAAGCGACUGAGCAACAUCCUGGAGAUUAUUGGAUGCCGCCCAACUUUACGCGAAAUGAGGCUAUGUAUGAUGAUGAGCAUUGGCAUCACCAGUACGAAGAUCGAACAGAAUCUCACUUGGGGGCUUCCACGUCUGCUCCUUUGUUUCGGGAGAGUGUACUUCAGCAACAUGAUGCCAGCAACCUUGCACAUUCCACUAGGAGCCCUUGGUGGGCAAGAAGUGGGCCACCUGGUGCACAGCCACAGUCAAGUUUUCUUGAGCCUCCUGAUUUCAACCAAUUCGCUUCGGAUAAUUGCUAUGAUAAUUUUUCAGAGCGGAGCUUAGAGGAGCAAGAACACUACUUAAAUUGGAGAAGUUCUCACAGGUUGUCCCGGACAACUUACAUGGAUGAUGACAUUGAAGCAGGAGAAAAUGUAAAUCUUUACUUUGGUGAUGUUUAUAGCAGACAACCUGAGACUCCCACUGAACACCGAGAGCCCAAAACUGAAUUUGAUACUCGAUUACCUCUGUAGUUUGUUAAGAGGUUAUUGUUUCAAACGUGGGAUGCAGGUUUCCAAGAACCGAUUGAUUUGCUUUAUUUCUAUUAAAAAGAAGGAAACUCUGUAUUCUUUAUUGUAUAUAUAGAUAGAUUCAUUGAGGUUAGAUUCUGCAAAUAGGCCUCAAACACAAUUUAGAAGGUUGCAUAUUCCGAUUAGUUAAUUGCAACCCUUCUGAUCUGAAACUGUAGAAACAAUCACAAUUACAGUCCCUUGAUGCAUUUCAAAUCUGAUUCCAUUCAAUUUAUUAUUUUGUUCGUGUUGGUA